AUGGCAGCUCUUCACGUGCACGACCUGCGGCGCUGCCGGAUCGACCGGCAGCGUCGUCACCCGGCCCGCCGGCACGGUAGAGGAACGCGGCGGGCCAGCCGCUGGCGUCCAGCUCCAUCGUCACCCGCUCCAGGCCGCAGCGCAAACAGCUCGGCGACCCGCCGUCGGCAUCGCGCAGCACCUGCACAUAGGCAUUGCCGUGCAACAACAUAUGCGUCGCUACCGUCUCCAGCAGCGCCUGCCCUCGCCGCGCGCCUGACCAGCGGGAUCAGUUCUGGAUGCGAGGCGGUCAGCGGCGCAUCCGCCAGCCUGCCCGCGACCAUCCGCACUGCCCGCUGCGCCACUGGAUUGCGGGCACCCCUCACGCACCUGCGUUUCAUAGGAAGGCGCCGCCCCGUCAGCGGCACCCCGACCAGGCCAAGCCCAGCCAGGAGCAAAGGACGCGCGCCCCCGCCCGGCCUUGCGACCGAACAUCCCCAUCGUAUCUGCUCCUCGAAAACCAUUCCUCCCCUGCAGGGAGGGGACCAACGAAGCUGGUGGAGGGGUGCGUCACCGCCCGCCGUGACGGACCUACCUCUCAAGCGUGACACCCCUCCGUCAGGCCUGGUGGCCUGCCACCCCUGCAGGGGAGGAAAAGAUGCCCUCACAAAUUCCGUAUCCCCGGCGGGCCCCGCCCGGACAGCAUCAGCUCGGUCAGCGCCCAGACCAGCGCAUCGGCACCCCGAUCCGCGAGUGGCCCGGCCCCGCAGGAAACCACGCAUACCACACGCGUUCCUGCGCAUAGAGAAAGGGAUUACCGGCUCCCGCCCGCGCGGGCCUUUCCGAUCGAGGCAUAGACCAGAUGCACCGGCAGGGGUCGGGUCGGCGAGCCGCAGCACGCUUUCGACCAUAUCCCCGCCCCGGGUUGCGCUCAGGCCACCACCCGGUCGGCGCGGUUGCCGAGCACAGCCCGCCACGCGCGCCGCCCUUAGCCUUCAGCCAUGCCUGUCGCGCCCAGGCCCGACCGCAACGAUCCCGCAGGCAUCGCCGCUGCUCGUCGCAGGCGGAUCGACGCCGACCACCACCCGGUCGAGCGCGGGCACCGUCUUCACCCGCGCUGCCGGUCGAGCGUGCGCGCGGGUCCACAGCGCCCCUCGCGGUCGUCGACCAUCUCGCCGUCCAGCCCUGCCGCCCCAGCCGCGUGUCGCCAUACUGGGAGAGCAUCGCAUCCUGAAAGCUGUCGGGCAGAUGCGCAUUGUCGCUGGUCCGCCUGAUCGUCUCGACACAGUCGGGCAGUGCCAUGACCUUGCGCAUCCAGCGGCGUCGCGCGCGGCGUGGUCGACCAGCACGCGGAUGCUCGCCCAGCCGGAGCGUCAUCACCAGAUUGUCCCAUCCGGCCUCCCCUUCCACUUGCCCAGUUCGUCGCACCAGUGGCGUGAUGCUGCGGCCCGCGCAAAGCCCCGGGCGCCGCCGCCGAGUAAGCGAAGCCGAUCGCGCCCGACGAAAUGCACCUGUCCUGUGCUGAUCCAUUUGGGCGCUUUAAUGCGCGCCACCGCCAGCAGCCCACUUUGCCGCGCACCAUUACCCGUUCAACAUCGCGGGAGCGUUGCGCCCAUCAGCGCGAUCCGCGCGCCGAUUGUCGCGGCCAGCGCGCUCACCCAUUCAGCACCCGCACGCGUCUUGCCGAAACUGCGUCCUGCCCGGAUCAGCCAGACCGCCAGUCGCCCGGUGGCGCCACCUGUCCGUCAUGCGCCCAUAAUUCCCCAUCGCUCGACCAGCUCGCGCUUCUGCGCGGGCCGUCAACGCGGCCAGCGCUUGUUCGCGCGCGCAGGGUUCCAGCAUCGCCAGCGUGGCGAGCCGCGUUGCCGCAUCCUGUCCCGCCAUCACGCCAUCCCCUUCAACCGCCGCCGUGCCAACCCGUCGAGCGCGCGUUCAGCGCCGCAUCGGUCUCGGCUGCAUCGGCCGCACCGCUUCGCUGACGCCAUCACCAGCCUUGGCCAUGGCGCUGAGCGGCGUGGGGUGAUGGAGAGGCCGGCGGUCCCCGCACCGGCCUCUCCCGUCCUCCCCCCCUCAGCCACAGACAACAGGAUCAGCAUACGGCGCAGCAGACCUUCCUCGACCAGCGCAUGCGCCGCUCCGAUCGCCUCGGCCCAGCCCUUCGCGAAGCCGAUCGCGUCGCCGCAAUCCCCGUGCCGCGCCGAGCGUCUCUCCACCGCCCGCGCCGCCACGCCCGCAUCGGCACUGAUCGCCAGCGCCUCCGAAUUGCCGUCGCCGCGCCUGCGUCCACCGCGCGCCCUCCCCGUUCCGGCCAUUCCCCGCUCCCCGAAGCACCGGGGGGCAGAUGCGGUCGCUCCCUUCGGACCCCACUCGCCCCUUGAUGUUCCUGUUAUGUACCGAAAGCUGGGGUUUGUAUCCAACAAACGAACCCAGUUGGUUGGUCGCACAAAAGCGGGCUUGCCAGACGCAGAAGGCGUCGGCAUUAGGCGAAGCUUCCUGAGAGGGGGCGAUUGGCUCAGUUGGCCGGGGCCAGUUACCGUCUCAUUACGGCUAUUCCAACAAAAUGGUUGUUCGCGCGGGGCGCGCGGAGGACGCAGAGGUCGUCCGAUUGGCUGCGGCUCGUCUUCAUCACCAAGUGGAGAGGUGCAUAAGCCGCGACGGGCGGGACACGUCCGCGUUAUCCGCCCCUCCCGCGCGAACAAAAUCUCUCUCGACUCGCUACCGUUUCAUCGCAUGCAUGGCAUCUGGACCCCGGCUCGCUGGGGUGGUCCUCAAUGGCCCGCGAUCAGGCCAGUUUUCAGUAAGUCGCGUACUGCCAUGCGCGAUGCGGUGGUAGGGGACCAGCUGCACCGGCUGGCCAUCCGACGCUGGGAUGUGAAUUCCAGCGCCGGGCCGUGGCCCGGAUCUGCUGGGGCCAAGGCUUUCGGAUCGCCGGACAAAGCGUGGGCGCCCGAACGGUGUGCGUUAUUACCUGCCAUAUUUACGCCUUCGCUGAUGAUGAUGUCGGCCCCGGCGCCAGCCCUCGCGGCCCAGCGCACCGCCAGCACCAAGCGGGCCAUAGGUGAAAACGACGAUCUCCGGCGCGGCGGGGGGCGCUGA